CGUAUUGGACACCAAGCUAAGAACCAAUAUAGUUACCAAAUACUGCCCAAUCGAGUCUCCACGAUGACACCCAAGACUAUCGACUUGCCAGAGGCUCUUGCGCAGCUGGAGCCCCUCAGCCCCGACCAAUAUUUCACGGCUUUUGGCCCAGCGGGACAGCAAUUUCUCGGCACGCCCAAUGGCUACUACGCUACAUCGGUUCCGGCAUGUGUUCUUGAGGACUUGCUCAGCGGAAGAGUCCGAAAGGUCCUUUGGGCUUCCUUUGGACACGUAGAUAAAUCUUACUUCUUCUUAUACGAGAAGAAGGAUGGCAGCUGCGAAUUCCGCGGUGGCAAGAAAUUGCCCUUUAACCUUGACCAGUUCUUCCGCCACGUCUCGACGACAUUCCACAAGCUGGCAGCCCAGCUUCGUGUUCAGCUUGGCGACAACGGCUCUUACGUCGCUUGGAGUGGCAGCUUCUGGAUCUGCGACGGGCUUCCCAAGGAAAUGUUUCGGACUCUGAAAACCCUCAGCUCCUUGAACGAGCUCGAUGAGACAGUCACUGGCGCAGCCGGUAUCUUUGGACCAGGAGACGUGAAGAAUGUUACUUGGCACAAGUCCGGCAGCUUCUUUAUCGAGGGAGUGGAGCCUAGCAAGUCACAGUGGUUUUUCCAGGCUGGAGCCUUGGAGAAAGGAUGGAAGAUGUUGUGGGGUAACAGCAAAGAAUUGCUCGAGUCAAUCGCGCACGUUUCCAUCGGCCCCCAUUCGCCUACUGGCGGUAGUUUCCUGAUCGUCAAAACCAAACAAGCAGACGAGGAGCCCGAUCUCGUUCUACGCCUUGAGCCUGAUGAAAUGUUCUCGCGGCUCGAAGGUCAAGAGAUCCCAGGUCUCACUAACGCGCACCGUCACGUUGCAAAGGAAAAGCAGCCCGGUGCGAACUCUACUGGUGAAGCGUCAACCAGGCAGGCCAUGAACGUUGCGGAUCGUACCGAUACCAAAGAAGGCGACCCUCAAUGGGCUCGUGCCAAGUCCAAUAAAAGGACUCACGCAAAGGACAGGUGGGAACUAGCGAUGGCAGGCGGAGAACGCGUUCAGGUUCUGCAAAACGUCGGCAAUGGAUGGCUUCUGGUGCAGAACAGCGAAGGUGUUAGGGGCUGGGCACAUGAAAACUCUAUCACGUUGGAAGAGAAGAAGGUCGACGCCCGAGAGGCCUAUACUCGUUGGAAGACAACGACUACUCUUCUCAUGGGAGCCGGUGCCGGUGCAAUUCGUGCAUUCCCUGAUCCCAAAAAGUACAUGGAUACAUGCAGGAACGAGCGGUGCGAAUUGGCCAAGGGUGGAGAGCUGGGCAUCUGUGCUCACGACUUGAAGAAGCUUCUGAGUGGUUCGGAUGCGUUCUCAUUCGAAUUCCUCAAGACAGAGCGCCUCAAGUGGCACCCGGACAGUUUCGGUCGAUACUGUCACCCGGACCAUCGCGAGGAACUCAAGGCCAAGUCCCAGGCGCUGUUCGUGCUUUUCGGUGUCCUGAUGGACACAUGGAAGAUGAUUGAGGAGAUUCGCGUGCACGUGUCUUCGAAUAUGAAGAACACAAUCAAUGCCGUACUCGGAAUUCAAAACUAG